UAAAUCAACCAAACAAUGUUAGGGCUUGCUUUCUCUCUCACCGAUUCCGUCUCUCGAAUUGGGUUACUCAGGAAAGGUCAAUUAGAAGAAGGCAGUAGCGGCGGAAUCGGAUUCAUUGGGUACAGAGAAGCAAGACCUAAGAAGAGGAAGCUGCAGCAGCACAAAUUGUUCACCAGUCGCUAUCUUCUUCUCAGAACGAGAACAAUGUCUUCAAUGAAAUCCGUCUCGGCUUUGGACAAUGUAGUGGUGAAGUCACCGAACGAUCGGAGGCUAUACAGAGUGAUUGAAUUGGAGAAUGGAUUGUGUGCUCUGCUUAUUCACGAUCCAGAUAUUUAUCCCGAAGGCUCUGUUCCGGAUCAAAUCGAUGAAGAUGACGAGGACGGAGAAGAAGAUGAAGAAGAUAGUGACGAAGAUGAUGAUGAAGAUAAUGAUGAAGAAGAUGAUGAAGAAGGGGAAGGAGAUGAAGAAGAUGAUGAGGAUGAAGAUGAAUUGAAAGGGAAAGGGGAUCAUCAGACCAAAAAGGCUGCUGCAGCUAUGUGUGUUUCAAUGGGAAGCUUCUUGGAUCCUCCGGAGGCACAAGGCCUGGCUCACUUUCUUGAACACAUGCUUUUUAUGGGUAGCACUGAGUUCCCCGAUGAGAAUGAAUAUGAUAGUUACUUGUCUAAGCAUGGUGGAUCCUCUAACGCGUACACAGAAAUGGAGCAUACAUGCUAUCACUUCGAAGUCAAGAGAGAAUUUCUUCAAGGGGCCUUGAAAAGAUUCUCUCAGUUUUUUGUUGCACCGCUCAUGAAGACUGAAGCUAUGGAACGAGAAGUCCUUGCCGUUGAUUCAGAAUUUAACCAAGCCCUCCAAAAUGAUGCAUGUCGCCUGCAACAACUUCAGUGCUAUACGUCUGCAAAGGGUCAUCCUUUUAAUAGGUUUGCAUGGGGUAACAAGAAGAGCUUAAGUGGUGCAAUGGAAAAUGGUGUUGAUCUACGGGAAUGUAUUGUGAAAUUAUACAAGGAAUAUUACCAUGGUGGACUGAUGAAGCUCGUUGUCAUUGGGGGAGAAUCUCUCGACAUGCUUGAAAGUUGGGUUGUAGAACUAUUUGGUGAUGUCAAAAACGGAUCCAAAAUCAGGCCAACUCUGGAGGCAGAAGGUCCUAUUUGGAAAGGUGGUAAAUUAUAUCGCCUAGAAGCGGUUAAAGAUGUUCAUAUACUUGGUUUGACAUGGACUCUCCCUCCUCUUCGCUAUGCCUAUGUGAAGAAGCCGGAAGACUAUCUAGCACAUCUAUUAGGACAUGAGGGUAGAGGAAGUCUGCAUUCAUUCCUCAAAGCUAAGGGUUGGGCAACCUCACUGUCUGCUGGUGUUGGGGAUGAUGGAAUUAACCGCUCGUCUCUAGCCUAUGUAUUCGGCAUGUCCAUACAUCUCACUGACUCUGGUUUAGAGAAGAUUUACGACAUCAUUGGUUACAUCUAUCAAUAUCUCAAGUUAUUGCGUGAUGUGUCACCACAAGAAUGGAUAUUCAAGGAACUCCAAGAUAUUGGGAACAUGGACUUUAGAUUUGCCGAGGAGCAGCCGGCGGAUGAUUAUGCUGCUGAGCUCUCAGAGAAUAUGCUUGCUUAUCCGGUGGAGCACGUUAUUUAUGGUGAUUAUGUAUACCAGACAUGGGAUCCAAAAUUGAUAGAAGAUCUUAUGGGUUUUUUCACACCUCAGAACAUGAGGAUUGAUGUUGUUUCGAAAUCCAUCAAGUCGGAAGAGUUCGAACAAGAACCUUGGUUUGGUUCUAGUUACAUAGAGGAAGAUGUUCCAUUGUCUUUGAUGGAAUCAUGGAGCAAUCCUUCAGAAGUAGAUAACUCUUUGCAUCUCCCCUCGAAAAACCAAUUCAUCCCUUGUGAUUUUUCAAUCCGAGCCAUUAAUUCUGAUGUGGAUCCCAAAAGUCAGUCUCCUCCUAGAUGUAUAAUUGACGAACCGUUCAUGAAAUUCUGGUACAAGCUUGACGAAACUUUUAAGGUUCCUCGUGCAAAUACAUACUUCCGCAUAAAUUUGAAGGGGGCAUAUGCCAGUGUGAAGAACUGCCUUUUGACAGAAUUAUUUAUUAACCUUCUAAAAGAUGAGCUAAAUGAGAUCAUCUACCAGGCCAGUAUAGCAAAACUUGAAACUUCUUUAUCUAUGUAUGGUGAUAAGCUAGAGCUUAAAGUGUAUGGCUUUAAUGAGAAAAUUCCAGCUCUUCUAUCAAAAAUCUUAGCCAUAGCCAAAUCCUUCAUGCCAAACCUGGAGCGAUUUAAGGUUAUCAAAGAAAACAUGGAGAGAGGGUUUAGGAAUACUAAUAUGAAGCCUUUGAACCAUUCUACAUACUUGAGACUGCAACUCUUGUGUAAACGGAUCUAUGACAGCGAUGAAAAGUUGUCUGUACUAAAUGAUUUGUCUCUCGAUGAUCUCAACAGCUUUAUUCCUGAACUCCGUUCUCAGAUAUUUAUUGAGGCUCUGUGUCAUGGUAAUUUGUCCGAAGACGAAGCAGUGAACAUAUCAAACAUAUUCAAAAAUAGUUUGACGGUUGAACCACUCCCAAGCAAAUGUAGACAUGGAGAACAGAUAACAUGUUUCCCUCUGGGUGCAAAACUUGUAAGAGAUGUUGAUGUGAAGAACAAAUCUGAAACAAACUCAGUAGUCGAGCUUUACUAUCAAAUCGAGCCUGAAGAAGCGCAGUCAACAAGAAUGAAAGCUGUGCUGGAUCUCUUUCAUGAAAUCAUAGAAGAGCCAUUGUUCAAUCAGUUGAGGACAAAGGAGCAGCUUGGUUAUGUUGUCGAGUGUGGCCCUCGCUUAACGUAUCGUGUCCACGGUUUCUGUUUCUGUGUUCAAUCUUCUAAAUACGGUCCAGUUCAUUUGCUGGGGAGAGUCGACAAUUUCAUAAAAGAUAUCGAAGGCCUUCUGGAACAACUCGAUGAUGAAUCCUAUGAAGAUUACCGAAGUGGUAUGAUUGCUAGAUUGCUGGAAAAGGAUCCCUCUCUCUUGUCUGAGACAAAUGAAUUAUGGAGUCAGAUUGUUGACAAAAGGUACAUGUUUGAUUUCUCCCACAAGGAAGCAGAAGAACUAAGAAGCAUACAGAAGAAAGAUGUGAUCAGAUGGUACAAAACCUAUUUCAGAGAAUCGUCACCCAAAUGCCGUAGGCUUGCGGUAAGGGUUUGGGGAUGCGAUACCAAUAUGAAAGAAACUCAAACAGAUCAAAAGGCGGUGCAGGUCAUCGCAGACGCAGUGGCUUUCAAGUCAACUUCUAAGUUUUACCCCAGCCUUUGCUAAUGAGAAACAUACAAAGAGUUUUGCGUCGUCUUCCCUUUUUUUUUUCUUUUUUUUUCUAUUUUUAUUCACUCAAUUUUCUUCAUACCCCCACAUUGGAUAGGUUAUACUUUUGAGUGACAAGCACCAAAAAUAUCCCUUUUUGUUAUGAUUUGAGUCUACGCAUUUAAAGUAUGUUUUUAUCUGUUGGAUGAGGUUGAAAUUUAUUGAUUAGAAUAUAACUAUCAUGUACAA